CAUUUGACUUUAUUGCCUUUUUUAAAAAACCUGCAUUUGAAAAGAAAGAAGAUUGUUUUUGACACGAAGCGUUGCAAUCUUCUCUCAUAGGUCGGUGUUAUUGAUUUUUCUAUGUACUUAAAGGACGGAACCAGUAGCAAAGGCUCGGAAGGAGACGGUCAAAUUACUGCAAUUCUGGACCAGAAGAAUUACGUAGAAGAACUCAAUAGACAUUUAAGUGCCACUGUCAACAAUCUGCAGGCAAAGGUCGAUGCUUUAGAAAAAUCCAACACGAAACUUACUGGGGAGCUUGCCGUUGCAAACAAUAGAAUUAUAACAUUGCAAGGAGAGAUGGAGAGAAUCAAAGAAGAAAGUUCAUACAUGUUGGAAUCCAACAGAAAGGUCACUAAACAAGACAGAACUUCCGACGGGCACGCCCUGAGUGAAGCACGGAAACAGUUGAAGGAGGAAACGCAACUACGGCUGGAUGUGGAAAAAGAACUGGAGGUCCAGAUCGGCAUGAGACAAGAGAUGGAGCGGCUGGCGAGAUGCCAGGAAAGACGCUAUAGAAGCAAGAUGCCCUGGUGGCUCUCAGGCAGCAGCUGGACGAUCUCAGGCCCUCAAACAUGA